UCCCCGUCUUCGCGUGCGGCGGCGCUCCCCAUCCCACCACGCCUCUCCACCGCCCCUCUGCUCCGACAGUGACUCCACCUUGACGGCGGCAGCGGACAGCGCCUCCCUCCCGUGCGUGGAGCCGCCUAGGCUGACGCCUCCUCCCUGCGUGCGUGGCAACGUCCAGGCCGGCGUCUCCCUCCCGCGCGUGGCGUCCCGGGGGCCAUGGCCUUCGCGUGCGCAUCUCACGUGCGCCGCCUCCUCCUCCUCCACCCCGGCACCGGAGCUCCGGCGAGAUCCUUCUACGCCCAGCCCUACCAAGCCAAGGUGGGCGUGGUGGAGUUCCUGAACGGCGUCGGGAAGGGGGUGGAGGCGCACGCCGCCAAGUUGGAGGAGGCUGUGGGCGGCGAUCUCCAGAGGCUGCUCGAGACCCGCACGCUGCGGCUCAAGAAGCUCGGCGUCCCCUGCAAGCAUGUAAAACCGAAAAACAAGAAGGGAGAUUCCAAUGCACUAACAUUCCAGAGAAAGUUGAUUUUGAGCUUUGCUCACAAGUACCGUCUUGGUCUUUGGAAGCCCCCAGCAGAAGCCAGGAAGGCGCAAUAAAAGUUGGUUUGUUUUUGAAGUGUCGACUUGGGGAACUAGGUGCUGUUGUUGGGCUGAAGCAUGCUUGUGACAUUGAAUAAUUGUGUGCUGUAAUCUGGAUGCCGCAAUCGGAAUGUUCUUCAAAUCCAACCUAUAACUGGCCUUGUUGAUGCUACUCAGGAUUUCUCUUUGUUAGGUUUGGGCAGAAACCUUCAUCACCCUAUUGUUACUAAGUGACUGUUGUCCUUUUUUCAAUUGGACAAGGCCCGCAGGGGCUUGAUAAUUGCACUGAA